GCGCAACAAACUGCCUGUGAAAUCUGUCCGGUUCUACGAAAGGCUACUUAGUGUAUAUUAAUUGUCUUAUUUAUGCUCUAUUGUUUCGUGAAUGGGUAGUAGUUGAUAGUGCGUUCUCAAAAUGGCUUUAGCCGAGCAAAAUUUAGCAUCGCUGGAUAUCAGUAAGCUGACUCCUCUGUCUCCGGAAGUGAUCAGCCGCCAGGCCACCAUCAAUGUUGGAACCAUUGGGCACGUAGCUCAUGGCAAGUCUACUGUGGUGAAGGCUAUCUCUGGAGUGCAGACUGUGCGCUUCAAGAAUGAGUUGGAGAGAAAUAUCACAAUUAAACUGGGAUAUGCGAAUGCCAAGCUUUACCAAUGCGAUGGGGCCAAAUGUCCGAGGCCAGGCUCCUUCAUCUCAGCCAGUUCUCAUAAGGAGGAUGUGUUUCCUUGCAUUCACCCAGGAUGCUCAGGAAAAUUCCGCCUGCAGCGCCAUGUCUCAUUUGUGGACUGCCCUGGUCAUGACAUCCUCAUGGCCACCAUGUUGAACGGAGCUGCUGUCAUGGACGCCGCUCUCUUGCUCAUUGCUGCCAACGAAUCAUGUCCUCAGCCACAGACAUCGGAGCAUCUGGCUGCCAUCGACAUCAUGCGUCUCAACCACAUCCUCAUCCUGCAGAACAAAAUAGAUCUCUGCCGCGAGUCUCAGCUCAAGGAACAGUAUAAGAAGAUCCUUGAGUUCACGAGAGGCACCAUCGCUGAGAACGCGCCAGUGCUGCCAGUAUCUGCUCAACUGAAGCUCAACAUCGACGUUGUCUGCGAGUAUCUCAUCAAGAAAAUACCAGUUCCUAAGCGGGAUUUCCUAAGCCCACCCCGACUCAUCAUCAUUCGUUCAUUUGAUGUCAACAAACCUGGAUGUGAAGUGGAUGACCUCAAAGGCGGUGUGGCGGGAGGAUCCAUCUUGAAGGGCGUGCUGAAGGUUGGGCAAGAGAUUGAAGUCCGGCCCGGGAUCAUCUCGCGUAAUCCGGACAACAACAAAGUGCAGUGCAAGCCCAUCCGCUCGCGCAUCAUUUCCCUGUACACCGAAACCAACGCUUUGCAGUUCGCCGUACCUGGUGGUCUUAUUGGCGUGGGAACGAAGAUCGACCCGACGCUGUGCCGAGCUGAUCGCAUGGUAGGGCAGGUGCUUGGAGCCGUAGGGACGCUGCCUGGCAUCUUCACGGAGAUCGUCGUGUCGUACCUCCUGCUCACCAGGCUCCUCGGGGUCAAGACCGAGGUCGACAAGAAGGCGGCGAAGGUUGAUAUGCUGAACAAAGAAGAAAUGCUUAUGGUGAACAUUGGGUCUUUGUCGACGGGCGGGUGCGUCAUCGGCGUUAAAGCAGAGAUGGGCCUGGCUAAGAUAUCCCUCACGCACCCUGUCUGCACGGAGGCAAACGAGAAGAUUGCCCUUUCCAGGCGGAUCGAUAGGCACUGGAGGUUGAUUGGCUGGGGUACGAUUGUGCGUGGCGAAACAAUUAAGCCACUGGAUUAAUACGACCAAAACCACAAUAGUACAUCAGUAAAAUGGAGGAAUUAUUUUCUUCCUUUUUUUAUAUUAUGAUUCGCAAUGCUUCCGUCAUUUACCGCGAAUAUUUCCCUAAUGACAUCCGUAAUAAGUGAAACACCUGUAAACUUAUAUUUAUUACAUUUAUUUCUAUUUCUCUUACGUUGUCUACAUUUAUAAAAUAACCUAAACGUGAUUAUCAGUGACGUUUCAGCAUAAUGCAUACUACGUUCUACUUCUCCAGUGUUCCGUUCGUAGCACCAUCUUCGAGUUCCUUAUUUUCAGAUCCUGUCAUCUCUUCUGCACGAGAAGACGACAUUUCAUAAACACAUAUUAAAAAGAACUUUGUCAAUGGCAUAAAGUCUAGUUACAUUACAUUCUUCUUUAUUCACGAAUUAAUAAAGAUUGAAUAAAUUUU